GUACGCAGGCGGCUCAGGCAGGUCGACUUGGAAUCGACCUUCCGCAUGUUUGUGACCCCGGCGGUGGAAAGGAUCGUCCUGGAGAACACCAACCUGGAGGGCUCUCGAAAGCUCGGGAGCGCCUGGAAGGGCAUGGACGAGGUCGACCUGCGAGCCUACUUGGGCCUCCUGAUUUUGUCCGGCGUCUACAGGUCCCGAGGGGAGGCCGUGGCCAGCCUGUGGGACGCCGAGAGCGGCAGGGCCAUUUUUCGCGCCACGAUGUCGCUCAAGUUGUUUCACGCUUACUCGAAGCUGUUGCGUUUCGACGAUCGCCAAACGAGACCCGCCAGGCGAGCGACGGACAAACUGGCAGCCGUGAGAGAGGUCUGGGACGCGUGGGUGGAGCGGCUGCCCAGCCUCUACGACCCGGGUCCUAACGUGACGGUGGACGAGCAACUGGUACCUUUCAGAGGUCGUUGCUCUUUCAGACAGUACAUGCCUAGCAAGCCAGCAAAAUACGGCCUCAAGUUUUGGGUGGCGUGCGACGCCAAGUCCAGCUACGCUUGGAAGAUGCAGCUUUACACAGGCAAGCCAGGAGGAGGAGGAGGAGGAGGAGGAGGAGGAGGAGGAGGAGGAGAAAAGAGAGCUUCUGAAAAAAAGCAGGGCCAGCGGGUCGUGCUGGACGUCACAGAAGGGCUCGCCGGGCCUCGCAACGUGACGUGCGACAACUUUUUCACUUCCUACGAACUGGGCCAGCGGCUCCUGCGCAGGGAGCUCACCAUGCUCGGUACGGUUCGCAAGAACAAGCCGGAAUUGCCGCCGGCGCUCCUCUCGGUCAAGGGCAGGAGCGCCUUCUCCUCCGCGUUUGCCUUCACUCCCAGCACCGUCCUGGUGUCCUACGUGCCCAAGAAAAACAAAAACGUGAUCCUGAUGAGCACGCUACACUCGGCCGCCACGGCCGCCGACGACGUCCUCCUCGUCGACGCAGGACGGCGGGACAAAAAGCCCUUUGCCGUCCUAGACUACAACGCCACCAAGGGAGGCGUAGACAACCUGGACAAGGUGAUAGGAACCUACAGCUGCAGGAGAAAGACGGCGCGCUGGCCCGUGGCGGUGUUUCACAACGUCCUAGACGUGUCUUGCUACAACGCUUUCGUCGUGUGGCGGGAGGCCCACCCGGACUGGAUGCCCGGCAACCGCAGCAAGAGGAGGGUGUUUCUAGAGCAGCUGGGCAAGGCGCUCGUGACUCCUCUCAUCCGCAGAAGGCGCCAUCCGCCUCGCGGCGAAGCGUCCGCCUCGCUCGUGCGGACGCUUCAGAAGGGGGUUCGGGACACCCGUGCGGGUCCUCCUCCCGCUCCCUGUCCUGCUCUUCCGGACUCGGGGCAGCAGCAACAGCAGCAGGAGCAGCAGGAGCAGCAGGAGCAGCAGCAGCAGCAGCAGCAGCAGCAGCGGCAGGCCCUCACCGCAGACCUCGUCUGGGGUGAAGACGGGGACGAUGAGGGUGACAGAGGAGAACACGACGGCCUCGGUUCCGCCGCUAGCGACCGGGCGCAAAAGGGCAAGAGGAAAAGGUGUCAAAUUUGUCCGCGCGCGAGGGACCGCAAAACAAACAACGUUUGCCAUCGGUGCGAGAGAUACAUCUGCCACAGACAUUUGCUCUUCUGCUGUUCAGACUGCGCCCCUCGCUCCUGAAGAUAAUUUGUUUGUUCAUUAGCAAAUGAAAUAAUAAUAAUAAUAAUAAUAAUAAUCAUAAUACUAAUAAUAUUCCGUGUGUUUUAUACUAUUGUUGAUGUUUUUGUUGUUGUCAGUGUAGUAACACUAUUUACAAACAAAGUGUAACAUGUAAAAGAAAAAUAAUUAAUAAAAUAAAGCAAAAGCAUUUGAAUUAGGGUAUUUUGUUUUUUUUUUCUCCAACCUGGGAAGUUUCCAACUUGGAAACACACAACGUCACGGCCCUCCUUGUAUUCCCACACACACACACACACACACACACACACACACACACACACACACACACACACACA